AUGAAAAAAAUUUUAUAGGAAAAAGUAAUAUAUAAAUAAAUAUUAAUUAGAUAGAUAAACAUUUACAAAAUGCUAAACAAUUAGUGAAAACAGAUGUACAUGAAGCAAUUAAAGAAUACUAUAAAAUAUUAUUUCUAAACAAAAGUAUAUACUAAUAUUUAAUAGUUAGAUCAUUUAUAAAGUUAUUAAGACUUAGCAUAAUUAUAUGUUAAAAUUGGUGAUUAUAGUCCAGCCAUUGCUUGCUUGUAAUAUUCAUACUCUGUCAAAUAAGAUAUUUUAGUUGAAGAUGAAUUAUAAGCUUUAAUAUUAUUAAAAGGAUAAUCCUUAUUAGAAUAAGGAGAUGUAACUAAUUUUUUAGAAGGAACUGAAUUUGAAUAAUUUGGAUAUCUAAUAGAUUUUACUGUUCCUUCUCUUCAAAAAGCCUAUGCAUAUCUACUAACUAAUUAUCUAAAUUAUACUCUUCAAGAAGUAUAAAAGGUAAUUGCCAAUGAUCCACUCAAUAUAAAUGCCUUAUUAUUAAGAGGUAAAUUAUAUUGGGCUUAAGGAAAAAUAGCAUAAGGAAAUUCUGAUUAUUGGAAAGUUUAUUGUAAUAUUUGAUUUUAAAUACAAAAGCAAUGAAUCCUGAAUUGUAAGAGAUUAAAGAAUUUAUCCUAUAUAUAACUCCAAAGAUAUAAAAAUUGACUAAUGAUGCCAAGUUAUAUUUGGUACAAAGAGAUAAUGAGAGAUGUAAAUUGAAUGUAGACAAGGGACUUGAAUUAGAUCCAAAUAAUGUUGAUUUACUAUUACUAAAUGCUUAUCUUUGUAGAAUUAACAUUAAAUAUGAUGUGUCUUUAAAUUUAUUAAAAAAAGCAUAUGAUUAAUAACCAACAAAUGAAGAUAUCAAAAAAUAAUUGGCUAUUACUUAUAAUGAAAUGGCUUAGGUUAUGUUUGAAAAGGGUAAUUAUGAAGAUGCAUUAACAUUAUUAAAUGAAGCGUAUUUAAGAUAUAGUAAUAAUUUAGAUUAACAUUUAAACCACUUGAUUGGGGAAUAUUGGUUAACAGAGGUGAUGCAUUUAAGUAUUUGGGGAAACUCAAAGAAAGUAUUUGUGAUUACAAUAAAGCUUAUGAAAUAGAGAAAAAUGAUACUGUAGCAUAAAGACUAGCAAUAAUUCAUCAUUCAUUUGGUGUUGAAUUCUUCAAUAAAAAAUAAUAUUAAUUAGCUUUUGAAUCAUUUGAUAAAGCUAUAAAAUUAGCAAAUUCAGUUGACAUUCUAUUUAAAAGAGGAAAAUGUCUAUUAUAUCUAUAAAAUCCAUAAAUGGCUUUGAAAGACUUUGAAAAAGUGAUAUAAAUGGAUCCAAAUCAUUAUGAAGCAUCCACAUUAGUGAGAUAAAUGACUAGUAGCACUAGAUGA